AUGGCUGAAAACCAAGACUCCCAGAAGUUCCCAGUCGCCGCCUCAGAAGCACGACGCUUCGUCGAAGACGUCCUCAAAGGGAACGGCAUCCCCUCUGAGAAUGCCUCCAUCAUCGCCCGCUGCUUAGUCGCCGCCGACCUCCGCGGCGUAGACACCCACGGCAUGAACCGCAUCCCCUCUUAUAUGGAGCGUCUGCGUCAAGGCGUCCUCAACGCCAACGCUGAGCCAAUCCUCACCCAAGUCACACCCGCCGUAGCUCAAGUCGACGGCCAGAACGGCUUUGGCUUUGUAGCUGCUCACAAGGGCAUGGCUGCUGCCAUCGAGUCUGCAAGGGUGUUUGGUAUUGGUAUGGCGAGUAUCAAGCACUCUAAUCAUUUCGGUAUGAGUGCUUGGAUCGUGCAGCAGGCUCUUGAUGCGAAUAUGAUGAGUUUGGUGUUUACAAACUCUAGUCCUGCAUUGCCUGCGUUUGGUGGAAAGAGUAAGCUGAUGGGUGUUUCGCCUAUUGCUUGUGGUGCGCCUGGUAAAGGCCCCAUGGAGAACUUCAUCCUUGAUAUGGCGCCUUCUGUGGCUGCAAGGGGAAAGAUUUACAAGGCGAAGAGACGGGGUGAGAAGAUCCCGUUGGACUGGGCUCUCGACGCUGAGGGUCGUCCAACAGAUGACCCCGAAGCUGCUCUCGGUGGUGUCAUGCUACCAAUGGGUGGUCCCAAGGGUUCUGCACUAUCAAUCAUGAUGGACGUAUUCUCAGGAGUUCUAUCAGGCUCAGCUUUCGCUGGCCAUGUCACUGGCCCCUACGAUCCCUCCAAGCCUGCAGAUGUUGGCCACUUCCUGGUAGCUAUCAAGCCCGACCUCUUUAUGAGCUUGGAUGAGUUUAGAGAGAGGAUGCAGUACCUUUACGAGCGUGUUGUUGGGUCAGAAAAGGCUGCUGGGGUUGAGAGGAUUUAUUUCCCUGGUGAGAUCGAGCAGUUGGCUAAGAAGGAGAGGGAGAGGACUGGCAUUCCGCUUGUGCAAGCUGAGAUUGAUGCUUUGAACGCUGAGGCGAAGAAAGUUGGGGCAGAGCCGCUGAAGUUUUGA